GGGUCCCUCAUCACGCCGCCCAUCGUCUACCCCGUGACCAAGGACAUGCGGCUCUUCCACGAGGAGCAGUUCGGGCCCGUGCUGCCCGUCGCCGUCUUCGAGGACCUGGCCGAGGUCGACGGCGCGCUCCGCAAGUCCUGGAACGGCCAGCAGGCCGCGAUCUUCACCAACGACCCGGCGGGCGAGGCGGCCACGUGCGUCGACAUGCUGGCGACCGUCGUCGGGCGGAUCAACGUCAACGUCCAGUGCUCGCGCGGCCCGGACUCGUUCCCCUUCGCGGGGCGCCGGUCCUCGGCCAUGGGGACCAUGUCCAUCGCGGAGGCGCUCCGCGGCUUCUCCAUCGAGACGGUCCUCGCCUACCCGGCGAAGAGCGCGCCGACGAAGGCCGUCGUCGACGCCGCGGAGGCGACGAGCGCGUUCCUGGCGCCGCUCGUGUAA